GCGAAUUUUUGAGAUAAAUGUUCAAGAAAAUGUUUGUCUUCAAAAAUAAAAUUAAAUGGGAAUCAUUAUUAGUGAUUUCGUUAUUUCAUAUUUUUGGUUUUUAUUGGUGUUGCAAAUACGCAUUUCCCCUACAAUUAGGAACCUUUUUAUUUGCUUACGCUAUGACUAUUUUCUCUGGAAUAGGUAUUACUUGCGGAGUGCAUAGGCUGUGGACGCAUCGAUCUUACAAAGUCAAAGCACCUAUGAAGUUUCUCUUGAUGGCUCUCUUCUGCAGCAGUGGCCAGAAUUCAAUAUACAACUGGGUGAGGGAUCACAGACUCCAUCACAAGUUUGCUGACACCGAUGCCGACCCUCACAACGUGAAACGAGGCUUCUUCUUCUCCCACAUAGGAUGGCUGAUGGUGAAGAAGAACGAAAGUGUCCUUACGAAGGGAAAGCUGAUUGACAUGAGUGACAUAGAAAGCGAUUCUCAUUUGAUGUUUGAACAUAAAUACCACAAUCAAUUAACAAUCCUAUUCUGUUUUCUAAUACCAACAUUAAUGAACAUCUUCUUGAUCGGGGAAGAUUGGAAAUGCGCUAUUGCCUGGCAAUGCUUCAUACGGUAUCUCUACGUGCUGCAUUGUGAACUGACUGUUAACAGUUUGGCUCAUAUGUACGGCUAUAAACCUUACAACGAAAACAUUGAAGCAUCAGAGAAUAUUCUAGUUUCGGUCCUGACGUACGGCGAGGGCUAUCACAACUUUCAUCAUGUCUUCCCAUUUGACUUUCGUGCAGCAGAAACUAUGGAUUUCUUCAGUCUAUCCACAAAGAUAAUCAGAACAUUCGAGAAGAUUGGUUGGACGUAUGACCUCAAGCAAGCCAGUCCAGAAAUGAUCGAGGCGGCUCGUAACAAGCUAGGGGGUGAUGGGUCUAAAGCUAACAAUUAAACUUUGACCGAUUUUUGUGUGAUUUUCAAAAUUACAUAUGUCAUUUUUAAAUAUAUCUAACUUGCGCAGAACAUCCUUCAUAGCAACUGAUGACUAAGCAAACAACAUACAUAGCCUCUCAAGGCUAUCUAUCAGCUUAGGUAGGAAAAAAAGCAGACAUAAUAAUAUUUAAUGGUAUCUAUUUAUUAUUUAAUAAAGCAUUGAGCCGGUUCACCUUUGAAAUUUUUUCAAAA